GCGCGCAGGCGCGGCCGGGUUGGAGCGUGUGUUGGGGCGGGGAACUGCCCCCAGAAUCUCAGCGAGCUAUAGUCGGCACUGCAUCUCUAACCCGUCGCCAUGGCCGCCUAUAAACUAGUGCUGAUUCGGCACGGAGAGAGCGCCUGGAACCUGGAGAACCGCUUUAGCGGCUGGUACGACGCUGAUCUGAGCCCGGCCGGCCACGAGGAGGCGAAGCGCGGCGGGCAGGCGCUACGAGAUGCUGGCUAUGAAUUUGACAUCUGUUUCACCUCAGUGCAGAAAAGAGCAAUCCGGACCCUCUGGACAGUACUGGAUGCCAUUGACCAGAUGUGGCUGCCAGUGGUGAGAACUUGGCGUCUCAAUGAGCGGCACUAUGGGGGUCUGACUGGCCUUAAUAAAGCAGAAACUGCUGCCAAGCACGGUGAGGCUCAGGUAAAGAUCUGGAGGCGCUCCUAUGAUGUUCCACCACCUCCGAUGGAGCCUGAUCAUCCCUUCUACAGUAACAUCAGUAAGGAUCGUAGGUAUGCAGACCUCACUGAAGAUCAGCUGCCUUCCUGUGAGAGUCUGAAAGACACUAUUGCCAGAGCUCUGCCAUUCUGGAAUGAAGAAAUUGUUCCCCAGAUCAAGGAAGGGAAACGGGUCUUGAUUGUAGCCCAUGGCAACAGCCUUCGGGGUAUAGUUAAGCAUCUGGAAGGUCUCUCUGAAGAAGCUAUCAUGGAGUUGAACCUGCCAACUGGUAUUCCUAUUGUCUACGAGUUGGAUAAGAACUUAAAGCCCAUCAAGCCCAUGCAGUUCCUAGGGGAUGAAGAGACCGUCCGUAAAGCCAUGGAAGCUGUGGCUGCCCAGGGCAAGGCCAAGAAGUGAAGGCCAGCAAGCAGCCUGCUACGCCCAUCCAUCCAUUCCUCUGUACCUGUCCCCCACACCCAUCACACUGAUUACAUCUGUAGGCAUCUUAUAUUGUAGUUGCAGAUGGGGACCUGUGGCUCCCAUUUUCAUUUUAGCAUUUUAGCUCCUACAUCCACUCCCUUGAUAGAAUCUAGUCAGAAUAGUACCUCUAGGACACAAGUUCUCAGUCCAAGCCCAGGGAAGGCUCUUCUUAUCCUGGAGAGUUGAGAGGUAGUAACUGUUUUUUCCUAGAGCUUCUGCUUUGUUUACUAAGGAUGUGCUUGAGUAGAGGACAGGGAGGAACCAUGCCAAGCCAUGACCAGUGAGGAGAGGCCAGAGAGCAUAUUGUGCUCCUAGGAGCCAGCCCUGUACUCUCUAGUCUGGUCACUGUCGGAGAGCUCAAGUCAUUCCAGUGGGAGAUGAAUGUAACCUGCAUGGUGAUUAAAAAAACAAUGAUUUCCUCCCUCACCCUAGAGGAGCUGACUACAGAAGGUUGGGAUUAAUCCUGAAUUAAGUUUAUGUAUUAAAUUUUUCUACAAAAAAAAAGGGUAAACAAAAACCCUUCUGGGGUUUCUAGUGGUGGUUGAAUAGUUCCACGUGUGGUCACCAGAAAAUAAGCCAUUCCUCACACUAGUACAGGAUAAACUCUGGCCUCUAUGGGGCAGGAGUGCAUCCUGCUGUGUAUCUUAGGAUCCCUCUGCCUUGUUUUGGUGGCAGUGAAAAUGCCUCUUGACCAUGUCCAAGUGUGUCUCACUAUGUUUGAUUUCUGAAUCAUGUCCCAGUUGGCUUGGCCCUGCCACAUGGGCCCAGUACUCAUUUUGAGCAUAACUUAACUUUUUUCCAAAUCAGUAUAAUAAAGGAGUGAUGUGCAAUAUU